AUGGCUGAGGAACUGGAUAAACCUUUGCUUGAUCCUGAGAAUUUCAACCGAGAGGGCAUUGAUUUGGAGCGCAUACCAUUAGAAGAAGUGUUUGAACAGUUGUGGACUUCACGAGGAGGACUGUCAUCUGAUGAUGCUGAAGCCCGACUGCAAAUAUUUGGCCCAAACAAACUUGAAGAGAAGAAAGAGAAUAAAAUAUUAAAAUUUCUUAGUUUUAUGUGGAAUCCUCUGUCAUGGGUUAUGGAAGCAGCGGCAUUGAUGGCAAUUAUCCUUGCUAAUGGCGGAGGGGAGGGUCCAGAUUGGCAAGACUUUAUAGGAAUUAUAUGCCUACUGGUAAUAAACUCAACUAUUAGUUUUAUAGAAGAAAAUAAUGCAGGUAAUGCUGCAGCGGCACUAAUGGCUCGUUUAGCUCCUAAAACAAAGGUUCUCAGAGAUGGGCAGUGGCAAGAGCAAGACGCAGCUAUUUUAGUACCCGGAGAUAUAAUUAGCAUAAAGCUAGGAGAUAUAAUUCCAGCUGAUGCUCGCUUGCUAGAAGGGGAUCCUCUAAAAAUUGACCAGGCAACUCUUUCUCUCACUGGAGAAUCUCUACCUGUCACAAAGAAAACUGGUGACGAGGUAUUUUCAGGUUCAACAUGCAAACAUGGAGAGAUUGAAGCAGUAGUGAUAGCAACAGGAGUUCACUCCUUUUUUGGGAAGGCAGCUCACUUGGUUGACAGUACUGAAGUUGUUGGACAUUUUCAGAAGGUUCUUACCGCAAUUGGUAACUUUUGCAUUUGCUCUAUAGCUAUAGGGAUGAUUCUUGAAAUAAUUAUAAUGUUCCCAGUGGAGCAUCGAUCAUACAGGGAUGGAAUCAACAACCUUCUUGUUCUCCUAAUUGGAGGAAUACCCAUAGCUAUGCCAACAGUAUUGUCUGUAACACUUGCAAUUGGCUCUCAUCGGCUUUCUCAGCAGGGAGCUAUCACAAAAAGAAUGACAGCAAUCGAAGAAAUGGCAGGCAUGGAUGUCCUAUGCAGUGACAAAACUGGAACUCUAACUCUGAACCGCCUGACUGUUGAUCGAAACCUUAUUGAGGUCUUUAACAAAAAUAUGGACAAGGAUAUGGUUGUUCUACUUGCAGCCAGGGCAGCUAGACUGGAAAACCAGGAUGCAAUUGAUUCUGCCAUUGUUAAUAUGCUAGCUGAUCCAAAGGAGGCACGAGCAAACAUCACUGAAGUUCAUUUCCUACCAUUCAAUCCCGUAGAUAAACGUACAGCUAUAACAUAUAUUGAUUCUGAAGGAAAUUUUUAUCGGGCCAGUAAAGGAGCUCCAGAACAGAUUCUAAAUUUGUGUCAAGAGAAAGGCGAGAUUGCCAGAAAAGUGCACAUAAUAAUAGACAAAUUUGCUGAAAGGGGAUUGCGAUCUCUUGCAGUUGCUUAUCAGGAAGUUCCUGAAAAAUCCAAGGAUAGCCCAGGAGGUCCUUGGACUUUUUGUGGUUUGUUACCUUUGUUUGAUCCACCAAGACAUGAUAGUGCAGAGACCAUCCGAAGAGCACUUAACCUUGGAGUCUGCGUUAAGAUGAUUACAGGUGAUCAGUUAGCAAUUGCAAAGGAGACUGGCCGAAGACUUGGUAUGGGGACAAAUAUGUAUCCUUCUUCAUCUUUGUUAGGUCAUGAAAAAGAUGAGAAUGAAGCUCUCCCAGUAGACGAGCUCAUUGAAAAGGCAGAUGGCUUUGCUGGUGUAUUUCCUGAACAUAAGUACGAAAUAGUGAAAAUUUUACAAGAAAAGCAACAUGUAGUUGGAAUGACUGGGGAUGGAGUAAAUGAUGCCCCAGCAUUGAAGAAAGCAGAUAUUGGAAUAGCUGUGUCAGAUGCUACAGAUGCUGCAAGAAGUGCUGCUGACCUGGUCUUAACCGAGCCUGGCUUAAGUGUGAUUAUUAGCGCUGUAUUGACUAGCAGAGCUAUAUUUCAAAGAAUGAAAAAUUAUACAAUAUAUGCAGUCUCCAUCACCAUAAGGAUAGUGCUUGGUUUUGCUCUCCUAGCAUUGAUUUGGGAGUAUGAUUUUCCACCCUUCAUGGUCCUUAUCAUUGCAAUACUAAAUGAUGGUACUAUCAUGACCAUAUCUAAAGACAGAGUAAAGCCAUCCCCAACACCCGAUAGUUGGAAACUGCCUGAGAUAUUUGCGACAGGAAUCGUCAUUGGCACUUAUCUUGCUUUGGUUACUGUCCUAUUUUACUGGGCAGUAGUUGAGACCACUUUCUUUGAGACCCACUUCCAUGUAACCUCCUUAUCCAGUGACAGCGAAGAAGUUUCAUCUGCUAUAUAUCUACAAGUUAGCAUCAUUAGCCAAGCUCUCAUUUUCGUGACUCGUAGUCGUGGUUGGUCAUUUCUAGAGAGACCCGGAAUUCUAUUGAUGUGUGCCUUUGUAAUAGCUCAACUGGUGGCCACCUUAAUUUCUGUCUAUGCACAUAUCAGUUUUGCUAAAAUUAGAGGAAUCGGAUGGCGAUGGGCUGGUGUUAUAUGGUUAUACAGUUUAAUCUUCUAUGUACCAUUGGACAUCAUUAAGUUCAUAGUGCGCUAUGCCUUGAGUGGAGAUGCUUGGAAUCUCCUAUUUGACAGAAAGACUGCUUUUACAUCUAAGAAAGACUAUGGAACAGAAGAUAGGGCUGCAAAAUGGGUUCUUUCUCAGAGGAGUCUGCAAGGACUGAAUCUGAUGGCUGGAGGGUUUGAGGGCAAUGGAAGGCGAUCUUCUUUGAUUGCUGAACAGGCCAGGCGACGUGCCGAAAUAGCCAGAUUAGGGGAGUUGCACACUCUCAGAGGACAUGUGGAGUCUCUUGUGAGACUUAAGAAGUUAGACCGGAAUUUGAUCCAAUCAGCUCAUACAGUCUAA